UGCAGUUGGGGACAGCGUCACACACACACACACACACACAUGCACACACAUAUGCACACACACACACACAACCACACAACCACAUCUCUACAGCACCAUCUUGGAAAACUACCUACUACCAAAUACGACGCUUGAUUAUUUUUUUAAGUACUGGGGUUUUUAUUUUUAUUUUUUGCUUUUUGAAGCACUGACAUGGAGCAAGAACACAAACCCAAUUACCAUUCUGUUUGCCACAGCUGCUUGUGGAGAGACAGUGGAAUCAAUAAGGGCCGAAAGCUGUGCUCGUCCAGUCAGAUGCUCGUGUGCGCGCUUGUUUUAUUCUUCUGCUUGUUUGAAAUGGCUGCAGCAGAGACGCUGUGCGGUGGAGAACUGGUGGAUGCGCUGCAGUUCGUUUGCGAAGACAGGGGCUUCUACUUCAGUAGACCAAUAAGCAGGGCGAACAGCCGGCGUUCUCAAAGCCGUGGCAUUGUAGAAGAGUGUUGUUUUAGGAGUUGUGAUCUUGCACUGUUGGAACAAUACUGUGCCAAGCCAGCCAAGUCAGAAAGGGACGUCUCUGCCACUUCUCUACAGGUCAUCUCUAUGAUGCCAGCAUUAAAACAGGAUGUCCCAAGAAAGCAUGUGACUAUAAGAUAUCCCAAAUAUGGACUCUGGCAACAGAACGCGGCCCAGAGACUACGGAGAGGAAUCCCAGCUAUCCUGAGAUCGAGGAAGUUCAGGCCGCAGACAGAGAAGAAAAAAGGCCAGGAACAUGCCAAUGUCCACAAGCGUCUUAUCACACUUCCCAGCAAACUCCCUCCCUCAUGGCAUCCCACAGAAGACUACGUCAACCACAAAUGAAAACAGGACAAUUUGCACAAAGUUAAAAAAGUAGAGGAUCAUAGCUUUGUAUCUGGCAUCAUUUUUGUGAUGGUCCUUUACGUCCUGCCUCCCUCCCUCACACGUACAUGUUCGUAUCCUUCCAGUCCUUACUCUUGCUGUUUUGUUCAUCAACACAGACAAACAAGACUGAAAUAAUGAUGGAAGGUAGCAGUUUGGGUGACUUCAGGUGGAUGCUAAAAAUAACAACGAGGAGCAAAGGAAGCAUGCGCGAUGAAAGAGAUACAUGGCUUGCAAGAGUCAAGGACAGUCGUUUCGGAGGAGAUCAGAAUAUGAAGAACUGCUAGCAAGAACAACAUGCAUUCAACUACAUUUUCCCAGGACAGAAGUAUAUCUUCUCAGUUAAUCCUUAUCCUUGUUAGUUACUUUGCACCUCUCACUAUAAAGGGACAUCCACACUGUAAGGAAUUGUUUCGUAAAAAAUUAGAUUCCUGUUCCAGCACCUUCUAAUCACAAACAAAAAAAGCAGAAAAUUGUCUGCAAAUUGCACAUUGCCACGGAUUACGUCAGAGUUCUUGUUGAGUAAAUAAAGGCACUAUUUUUUUACGGACAACGAACGUGUAGCUGAAAAAAAAUGUCAUGGUGCUAGCAUUGUGAAUGGACUUAAAAGGAUGGGAGGUUUGAAAAGGUUUUUUGUUCUUCAAAUAAUUAUUAAGCUUUCCGUUUUAAGGAAAGUGUGACCUACAAAAAGAUCAAAUGAGCAUAUCGGCUGUGGCAAUGUGUGAAGGGAGUGCCACUGUGUAUGGACGUGUCUGGUAUCAAAAUGUGCAACAGUCGUGCCGUGUUCCCCCA